GGAAUGCUGCUUGGCAUUCCUGAUUUCACAAACUUUAGAAUUAGAGGGACAAUCGCUGGUGUAUGUGCAGACACAAAGGGCGCUCAUGAGAUUGGGGGAUUUCUCGGACCUUCUGCAAAUAGGUUCUGUAGGCUUUGCUUAAUCACUAGGGAAGAAAUAAAACAAAAAAGUUGCUUUGAUCAGUUAGAAAUGAGGACUAGAGAAAAUUAUGACGAAGCGGUUGAAGCUUCUUCUAGCAAUCCUGAAAAAGCGAGUGACACUGGAAUCCGUUCGUGUUGUGUUCUGAAUUGCUCAAAAUAUUUCCAUUUCGGAGUGGAUGGAGAAACAUUAUCGAGUCUGUCGAUUCAAGAUUUAAUUGGAAUUGGACUCAAGUUGGGGCCAAGAUUAAAACUUUUCAAAUUCAUCGAAUUACUUAAUAAAGCAAGAUUAUGUGUUCCUACAACUCCAACAGCAGAAGCCGAGGUUUUGGCCGUCGAUGAAAUUUUGUCCAUUAAAACAGAGAAACAUGAAGAAACAGUUUUAAUUAUUGACACUGAAAAUCAAGGUGGUGCUGAUGAGAACCCAUGUGUUUCCAAAGAAACGGUUGGUAACCGUAAUGUCAUCGACUAUCAGUAUCCCUGA